AUGGCGGCGAGUGAACACCGCGACGACCGAGAGGCUGACGACAAUCAUGGAGCUUCUGGAAACCCGACCAUCACGCCUUCCGCCGAGCCCGUCGAGGCAUUCCCGCCCAUGCCGACGUUCGUUCCCGAGGGCAGCACCGCGUACGAUGAUGGUGGUCUAGCCACCAAGGCCGACAUCAAGCUGUCGCACAUUCCUCUCCCUCCGCUGCCGAGCGUCUCCGCGAGCGCGCCCCCUACAUCGACUCUCCCUACCAUACCCGGCGGCCACUCCGACGAAGACCAGUCUUCUGAUACCUCCUCGACGCACAGCAAGCCUGAAAAACUGGACUCCUCUAACUCGUCGUCCACGUCAGAGCCUGCGACCGUCGCUGAGAAGCAGGAGGCUGAGAAAAAGGAGGGCGUGGCAUCAGAAAUUAGGGCCAGGGCCGGAUCGAACUCUGCAUCCAUGAAGAAGAACCAGAGCCAUGAUAACGUUAGAAGAUUAUCGGUCGCAGGGAUGCAGCAGCUGACGGCCCCCGAGGCUCUCCCUGUGGCCAUUGUUCCCGACCAAGCUUCUAGCAACCAAGAACAACGAGCGCGCUUGCCCGUCGCGGACCAGCUGCAAGCUAUUCGGCAGUCAAUACUCAGCCAGCCGGCCUCCCUGCGACCGAACGGCCCUGUGACGGACGGUGGGAACAGGUCCCGGUAUCAAGACGAGCCCCGAAGACCGCUUACCGGCAGAACGCUCUCGACACCCCCAACAACCCGGCGGCAAUCACAAUCCCAGACCACUUCGCCCCGCCGGAAUUCCUUCUACACCGUUGCUCGGCCACCGCCGCUGAAUCUUGAUGGAAGCAGUCAUUUCAACGCCAUCAACCUUCAGCCGCCGACACAGAACAAACCGCCCCAGAUCCAUCUGGAACUGGCUGCCCAACGACCCAGCCCCCUGUACAUACACCACUCGCAUACGAACGAUAUCCCAUACGAGUCUUACGUUGUCAAGUGGGAAAGGCUGAAGAAUGUUCUCUUGCUUCCAUCGUUUCUCGAAAGGACUCUCUAUUUUGGAGCACUGGCCUGUCUCGAUGCCUGGCUGUACAACUUCACCAUUCUACCCAUGAGAUUCUGCAUCGCUCUUGGGGUCCUGUUCAGAUGGUGGGGUUACAUGGCGGUAAAAGAAGCGCAGUGGAUGAUUGGCUUUGUCUGGUACGGAUUGGGCAGACUCUGGGCCAGGGCUCGUCGACCAAGAGCAAGAGCGAGGACCACCUCGUCUAUCCAGCAGGAUGACACCGAUCACCUUGCUAGUCGCGAUAGGAGUCGAAGUCGACCGGCCGAGCGGAGACCGUCCGUCCCCACAUUGGACCUCAGAUCGCCGGAUAGCGCCCCGACCAUUCAUCUAGAAUCCGAUUCCAAGGCGAAUGGCAACAGGGUUGUCGAGCAGGAAGUUAAGCUGAACGGCAACGGGCACAUCACUCAUAAAGUGAAUGGGUCUGCUGGCCACCAUCCCUCGCAUGCCUCUGGAUACAGGACGCACCGCCAUCGUAGGACGAAGUCGAUGCCAUCUAACCUGUCUUCCUUCCACAAGGCGGACCUGCUGCAGGGUGCUGUCAUCCUCUUUAGCUCCCUGUUCCUGAUGAAACUCGACGCCAGCCGUAUGUACCACUUCAUCCGCGCCCAGGAUGGCAUCAAGCUGUAUGUCAUCUACAACGUCCUCGAGGUCGGUGACCGUCUCUUGUCGGCCCUCGGACAGGACAUCUUUGAGUGCCUAUUCAGCUCCGAGACCCUGUCUAGGAACAGCUCUGGCCGUUCCAAGGUCCUCUUGCCUCUAGGCAUGUUUGUCCUUGCCCUCAUUUACAAUGUUAUCCAUUCGGUCGCGUUGUAUUACCAGGUCAUCACACUCAACGUCGCCGUCAACUCUUACUCGAACGCCCUCCUGACUCUCAUGAUCUCCAACCAGUUUGUGGAGAUCAAGAGCACAGUCUUCAAGCGCUUUGAGAAGGACAACCUGUUCCAGCUGACGUGUGCGGACAUUGUUGAGCGCUUCCAGCUGUGGAUCAUGCUUUUCAUCAUUGGCAUGCGCAACAUUGUGGAGGUGGGAGGGCUUUCUGUGCCUGGAGCUGGCUCUGAGAACAGUGACCUAGGAGGCUCAGGGGCCAUGCCUCUCCACAGCCCAUCAAUUCUGCCGUUCAGCUUCACAAUUCUUCCAUCGUGGGUUUGGUCUGGCGAGGUCCUCUCUCCGUUCCUCAUUGUCAUUGGCAGCGAGAUGUUGGUCGAUACCAUCAAGCAUGCCUACGUAAACAAGUUCAACAACAUCAAGCCGACAUUCUACAGCCGCAUUCUGGACAUUUUGUGCAAGGACUACUAUACCAACGCCUUUGUCUCACCCUCAUUGACGCGACGGCUUGGUCUGGCCGUCAUCCCGUUGUCCUGCUUGUUUAUACGAGCUUCGGUCCAGACGUACCAUAUGUUCCUAUCAACUCGGAUUCCCACUCCUAUCCCGGAGUCCACCCAGACAUCCUUGUCUGUCGAGUCCGCAACGCCGUCAUCGCCGGUGAUGGUCGCGGCUCUCGAUCGCUUGGAUACGCUGCUACGGGACGCCCUGGGUCGGGCUGUGUACGGUUACCCGUAUGGUGAACCCAGCGUCCAGAGCAGAGCAUGGUGGACCUGGACCAGCGAUGAUGUGAUUGCGGCAGUUACUAUGAUUGUUGUCUUCUUCAUCGCGUUCCUGGUCCUGCUCAUCACCAAACUGCUGCUCGGCAUGGUCCUGCUGCGGUAUUCGCGCAACAGGUACGCUAAGAUGAAGCGCAAGGAACACAUGGUCGCGACAGGCCAAGAGGAACGCGAAGUGUACGAUGCAACGGGCAAGAGGGUCGGCGGCUACGGCCACAUCGAGGUCACCGAGGACCGACGGAGGUGGAUACAUGCAGACGAGAAGGAGGGCCUAAAGGGCGGCAAGGGACGGGCUACGAAGCCGGAAAAGCCGCAAGAAGGGGACUACCACGGAGUCCAGCGGUACGAAAUGAUUGCAAAGAGGAUUUGGUGA